AUGGAGUAUUUGCUGGAAGGCUAUGAUUUAGAACAAACUCUACUUUACUUUAGUGAAGGUGUUACACUUCAUGAAAAUGUGCAGCACCUUCGAUCAGAGCUGUCAGCAUCCAAUCAGCAAGUACAGAGCCUCAAACAACAGCUGCAUAGUGCACAGUAUUUGCAAGACCAGUUGCAGCGCCAAGUUGUGGAUGCUCAAACUUGGGCCACUACAUUGGAAGCUGUGUUGGACACUGCAGCAACUGAAAUCAAGAAUGCUAUUAUGGAUACAGAGAAGCCUAAUAGAAGUAUUAUGACAACUGAAGAAAAAGAGUUUGCACUUGACGAACGAGACAGUUUGUUAAACACCUUACUGGACCUAAUAAGAGGAAAUUUAAUUCAAUUUUCAAAGUUGACACCCAAAAAGAAUCUGAAAUCAACUGCAUGUUCAGCAAUGUACAUGCCAGGUAAUCUAGGGAUUAUUUCAAAAAUGUCUUCUGGAAACAUAAAAACUGUAAUGGAAGAUGAAAGUGCUAGAAGAAUUGACUCACGUGAUGAAGAUUCUGACUCAAGUGGAAAGACCUCCUUGGCAGAGCGAAGAAGUCAUUCUAGUGAGGCUGCUGAUAUUUCUGGAAAACAAACAGAAACCCCUAAAGCUUCCACAGAAAAGAUCACAGAAGUGGAACCAAUUGAAUUGAAGGGUUCUUUUGUAAUUCGGGAGAGUUCAAUAUUUACUCAAUCUUCAUCAUUUUUGAGGGAUAUAUCAUCUGCUAUGAUACACGCAGAGUCAGAAGAACUAGAUGAUAUUCUUCCCUUGAACACUGAAUUACGUCAAAUGUCCUCCCAAACAUCUAAUAUAUCAAAGAAAUCUAGUUUACGUUCUAGGUCUUCUGACAUAACUGGCAGAUCUGAGAAAUCUUUUUUGUCACAGGAAAGAUCCAAGGUAAGAUUUCAGGAUAAAACCACUGAUACACUGCAACAGAAAUCUUCAAAACAGCCAGAAAAGGAAUAAGACAUUUCAUAGAAAUAUAUCCAAAAUAUCGUAUUUAAUCAUAAUGCUAAAUAAAUGGAAUAGUAAGA